AUGCUUCCAAAUUUGAUGGAAACGAAAACCAUCCAGAUCGAAGACCUUGAAGAGUUUGCCGCUCCUUACGUGGCUCCUGGUGAAGACUUGACCACGCUACACCUUUUGAUUUACAUUUUUGCACAGAACUGGACCAAUAACAUGUCCCAUAUUAGUGACAUCAAACUCAUUCACAUGGGCAAGCAGUAUAAAGCCACAAGACUAAUGGAUCUUCAUUCAGAGCAUCCAACGUUGCAGUCUGUAGCUGGACGGUUUCCAAAUUUUCAGCUUUUCGUGACGCCCAAUCAGGUGCACCCACCAGUUGUUCUUUCUGUGGAUGAGCUCAUGGAGCGGUCCAAAGCGCCAAAAGUACCAGAAGAGGAGGUCCCUGUGACAUAUGCCGAUGCUAUGAUACGUCUCAUAAGACGUGCAUCCCAUCGCAAGGGUUCCGUACUGUCGGCAACGGAUUCACGCUCUGAGCUGUCUGAUUAUAGCCGAAAGAGAAACAAAUUCAAGCAUUCAUGGCGGAAAGUCAUCAACUGCAUCGCAAUUCCUGCCAGAUGA